AACUGCAAGUGGAGACACCAGUUGUCACAUCAGUGGUUACAGAACUUGAAGUAGAAACACCAGAGGUUACAUCUAUGGCAAAAACAACUGAUACUCUCAAUUCUGCUGUUGCGUCACAAAAUCAAAACAUAGAUACUGACACAUCAGUGUUGACAACAGUGAUCAAAGAACAAGUGGUGGAGAUUCCCACUGUUGUUUCUGUGGUAGUGACACCAGCUACACCUCUAGAUGAAACACCCGUUGUAACUCUAGGCAAUGAGUCAAAGGAUAUACCUCCAGUAAAAGACACACCUGCUGUGACUGAAGCAGUAGAAACACCAAAUGUUGAAUCAGUGAUUGUGAGGACUGCUGUGGCCCCAGCAGUAGAGAUACAUAAUGUGAUUCCAGUGGUAGCAACACCAGAUCUUGGUUCAGUAAUAGUAAUAGAAGCUGCAUUUCCAGUAAUAAGUACAGCAACAGUGACUACAGUAGCAGAAGCAACAGUUUUGAGCACAGUUGUAGAAACACCUGUUUUUUCUGUCACAGCAGUAAAAUCUUCUCCAGCUGUGGUAGAGAAAACAGCUGUUUCACCUGUAGUAGAAAUCCCAGCCACAGUAACAUCUAUUGUGCAGACUCCAGCUGUUGUUUCAGUGGCAGAGAAUGUACCUCCAGAAGAGGUUACACUAGAUGUGACCCCAUUUGCAGAAACACCUGUGAGCCAAGUAAUUGAAACUCCCAUUGUUUCCAUCACUUCAGUAAAACCAACUGUACCUGCAGUGACAAAGACACCAGUCACUGAGAUACCAGCUAUGAUUUCAGUGACAGUAGCAGAAGCUGUAUCUCCUGUAGUAGUUACAUCAGCUGGAACUCCAGUAGAACCAGAAACAAUUAUGAUCCCAGAAGUAGAAACUUCAGUAGUAACUUCAACUGUAGAGACAUCACUUGUGACACUAGUGGUACAAACACCAGCUCAGAUUUCAAUAAUUGCAACAGAUGCAGGACCUCCAGUUACACCACCAGCAACUGCAGCAUCAGAAACAUCAGCUGUGAUCCCAGCUGUAGAAACUCCUGUUGUAAAGUCAUCUCCAGUUGCAGUGGAUGAGACUCCAGUUGUGACCCCAGUGGUACAGACACCAGGUCAGGUUUCAGUGAUGGUAACAAAGACUGUCCCUCCGCCAGUUGUUUCAGCAGAGACUGCAGAGGUAGAAACAUCUGUUGAGAUCCCAGUACUAGAAACUCCCGUUGUAAGGUCAACUCCAGUUGCAGUGGUUGAGACACCAGUUGUGACCCCAGUGGUACAGACACCAGGUCAGGUUUCAGUGAUGGUAACAGAGAUUGCACCUCCAGUAGCUGUUUCAGCAGUGGCUGCAACAGUAGAAACACCUGUUAUGAUCCCAGUAGUAGAAAGCCCAUUAGUAAAGCCAGCACCAGUUGCAGUGGUUGAGACACCAGUUGUGACCCCAGUGGUACAGACACCAGGCCAGGUUUCAGUUAUGGUAACAGAAACUGCCCCUCCAGUAGUUGUUACUGCAGUGACUGCAACAGUAGAAACACCUGUUGUGAUUCCAGUAGUAGAAACACCUGUUGUAAAGUCAACUGCAGUUGCAGUGGUUGAGACACCAGUGAUGACCCCAGUGGUACAGACACCAGGUCAGGUUUCAGUGAUGGUAACAGAGAUUGCACCUCCAGUAGCUGUUUCAGCAGUGGCUGCAACAGUAGAAACACCUGUUAUGAUCCCAGUAGUAGAAAGCCCAUUAGUAAAGCCAGCACCAGUUGCAGUGGUUGAGACACCAGUUUUGACUCCAGUGGCACAGACACCAUGUCAGGUUUUAGUGGCAGUAACAGAGGCUGCACCUCCAGUAGUUGUUUCAACAGUGACUGCAGCAGCAGAAACACCUGCUGUGAUCCCAGUAGUGGAAACUCCAACUCCAGUUGUUGUGGCAGAGACACCAGUUGUAACCCCAGUGAUGAUGACACCAACUAUGAUUCCAAUAGCGGAAAGGUCAGUUGUGAGCCUAGUAAUAGAAACUACUGCAGAAGCGCCAACUGCAAUUGCAAUGGCAAUGGCAGAGAGACCUGUUAUGAUCCCAGUGGUACAGACACCAGCUCUGGUUUCAGUGAUUGCAAAAGAGGCUGCACCUCCAGUAAUUCUACCAGCAGAGACUGCAGGAGCAGAAACAUCAGUUGUGAGCCCAACAGUAAAGGUAAACCCACCGGUGGCAGAGACACCAGUUCCAGCAGCAGAAGCACCUUCUGUGAUCCCAGCAGUACAAACACCAGUUGCAGAACAGGUAGCACAGACACCAACAACAGCAGCCAUGCCCUUGGUAAAGGCAACAUCAUUUGUGACUGGGAUGGAGGCACCCGCUGUGACUACAGUAGCCCCUUUGAUGAUGAUACCAGCUAUUACCCCAGUUGUAGCUCCACCUGUUGUGACACCAGAAGUAAAGAAAGCAAUGUUGCAGGUAGUUGAACAGGAGAAAAAGGAAGCAAAGGCAGAGGCUUCAGUUGUGUCUAAAGAUGUUGAACCACCAUUUUUGGUUGCGAAAGAGGUAAAGACAUCAGUUUUAACUGAAGAGUGUGUAUCAGAUGAAGAAAAUAGGAAGGCUUCCUUGCAGCAUGAGCCUGUGGUUACUUCAACAGAACCUCAGUCAGAGGUAGAGGAGGAUGUGUGGGAGGAUGCUGUAGAUAAUAUUGGAGAUUCCCCGUGCCAGAUGACAUACACAGAGGGUGCACCCCAAGAUACUGCUGCUAAACAAGCAUCUGAUGCUGCAAUUUGAUAGUGGCGUGCUAAACCAGUUGAAAGAUUUGAAUGAGUUGGUGCAAGUUUAACAAGGAAAAUUCAGAACAUUUUACACCUGGAAGAGGCUGUGCUCAGCACAAAAUCAGCUGGGACUCUCUCAACAAAGAAAUGACUGAACCACUGAGAAGUAAAAUUGGAUCAUUAAAGUUCCAUUAAGCAAAACUGAAACCAAAAACAGUAGUUAUUCAGUGGACAGGCUGUUCUUUGACCAAUCACUACAUUUUUACAUUUUACUUUGAUGCAGAAAAUAUUUCAACAUAUGUAACCCUUCAAAAGCAGCUAUUUUGUCAAAUUUUUACUAAGGAUAUUUGUCAAUGUAUGAAUUUUUUAUCCUGAUUCAGACAUCAGCGUAAGUUUAUGCCACAUUAUAUCAUGUUGUAUUACAUAUCUAAAACAAAAGGUUAAAAUGUUAAAAUAUAAAACAUUUGUACACAUGCAUUAUAUCCUGACCGUUUGCCAUGUUUAGCAUAAGAAAAUAAUUGUCAUUGUGGAAGGACGUGCAAUGCCUGGUAUUUAAAGAUAUGUACUAAAUCAAAGGUAAUUUUGUUUUGAACCACCAUAUGCCUCUACAUAUGAUAUACAUCAAGAAGGAAUUUAUUUUAUACUCUAAAUAUGAUGUACACUUUACCAAAGCUAUAAUGAGCAAAUCACAAUAAUGCUUUAUCAAAGAGAGGUUUAGACAGAAUUCAGUCAGAUGUAGUCAAUGACUGAAAAUAACAGAUUGUUUUAAUUUGUUUUACAAAGAACAGUCAAAAUCUUAUCAAAUUCAUGAUUUAUUUUUUGUUGCCAUAUAACAGUUACAAAUUAUUUUUUUAAUUUUCCAUUUUAAUUUAACAGAAAAUAUUUGACUAAAGUUUUGCCAUAAAAAUGUAAGCAUGCAAACUAAAGUUGGAAUUACUGGCUUUUCCCCAUGUGUGUUUUCCCCCCAGAGGAGCACUUCACAUAUAUAAAUGUUCUGCGUAAUGAUCAAUACACUUUGUAGUACUGCAUAUUAUCAUUAAACAGUUUAGCAUUUUUGUUAUUAUACAAGCUGCCUUGCCUGUUUUAAGGGCAUGUGCAUCUGGCCUGAUAAAAUAAGCCAUUGCAGUAUUGAAAUCAAAAUUUUAACUUAUUCUAAUAUAUUGCUAAGUGUUUGAAACCAUCUGUACAGACUGAUUAUACAGACUAUGCAUCUUUGAAGAAAUUGCAAUAUUAACAAUCAAUUAAAUACAAGUGUAGUAUUGUUCCUGGAUUUUGAGACAUUUAAACAUGUAUGGUUUAAUACAAUUUAUAAUUUCAGGUUUUAUUUAAAUAAAAGAAACUACCCAUUU